AACAACAAAUACGAGGAUCAAAGGUAAACGGUAAAAUUUAAUAUUUUAUAGACAAAAUAAUGGAAGGGCCAACAAAAGGACCUUUGCCUUUAGCGUUUCAAAGAACAAUGCUGCCGCUGAUUGAAGAAUUAAUCAAACCAAAAUCUUUGAAGAACGACCUAUUUUUUGCUCUACUGCUCGUUUUGAUGAAAGAUAAUGACUUCGUGUUGCUAAACGAGCUGCCCACGGAGACUUAUUCGUUAUGUUUGCCGAUAAACCAUUACAUAUCAAUGUUGAACAAUUCGGAAGUACCCAUAUUUACUAACCUAGAUACACUAGCUUCGUUAUUCACUGAAAAGAUUAUUCGACCUAUUAAGUGUGCGAUACUAAAUCACCACAAUUCUCCAAGCGCCAAUUUCUCUGGAUUACCAGAAGACAUAAUACAUGAAAUAGUACUGAAACUAACAUUGAGAGAUGUGCUAAGCGUUUCUGAGUCUUGCAGGCGAAUGUAUUACGCGAUAAAAGAAGAUGGAUUGUGGUUACGCCUGUAUAAAAGAGAUUUUGGCGUCGAGAAGAAUUUCAAUGGAAAGGAUUGGAUGUCUGCAUACAAAAGUGCGUAUGUCUUGAAUACUGUGACUAAAGCUAUGGAGCGUACAAUGAAUGAUGAAAGGUUUCGAGACAUGGUGACAUAUUCCGACUACCAGGGCUCCACCGCUAGAUGGGAGGUUAUCCUGUAAACUCAAAUUAUUUUCAGCUUUGUUUUUGUUUCAUUCGAGUUUGUUAAAUACUAAUAAGAAAAUAAUAAAAUGUAAAUUGGAAUAUU